CCGUGCCACGCGAGGCGAAGAAGCCCCUAGCGAUUCGACCCCGCCAGCAGCGACGCCACAGUCCGUCCCACACCUCCCCGCGGAGCCAAGUCACCUUCCCGUCCUCCCACCAAGCCAAACCAAGAUCAUCUCAACGACGCAUAGGUACCGCCCGCGAACACCAGACGCACGCCCUCGCGCACACCCCCCUACCCCCCUCUCGAGCAUGGACAGCCAGGGAUCCAACCCGCUCCUGUCGCCGCCGGAGCUCUCGCCGCUGGAGCAGGAGGUGCUGGAGGAGUACGAGCGGCUGGCCGAGAACAUGAAGAAGCUCGCCCACGUGCUCGACGUCAUGGCCGGGCAGCCGACAGCCGAGAUCCUCGACGGCCUGCGCGAGCUCGAGCGCAAGACCAGCCUCGUCUUCACCCUGCUCAAGGCCAGCGUCUACAGCAUCGUCCUCCAGCAGGAGAUCGACUGGGGCGACCAGGCCCGCGGCUGAGCACGCCCACACCCACCCCUCCCUCCCCCCUACCCCGGCGUAUAUACCUACCCACGCACAUAUAAGCACGCGCAUAAGCGCAUGGGAUGGGCGCCCGCCCUUUCAGCCCAUCCGGACCUCCGGGACUAUCGACGACGGAUCUAGAAGGCUCGAGAAGGAAGACUGGCGGGCCCAGAUCUUGGGCCGAUGGCGCCUGUGCCCCUCGGGAGCAGAAACAGCCCAUAUGGAAUGUCUAGAGCCCAUAUCGGAUAGGCAGGCGAGGACAGGGGGGGGGGGGCGAUGUCUACACGGCCCUAGGACGCUGUGUCGAGGCUUAGUUGGUACCGCGAGCAGAUUACCUACUUGGGUGUA